AUGCUACAGGUAGAUACAUCUACACCAAAAGACGCGAUAGAAAUAGAAAGAAAAGAAGAAGGAGACUGUCCCGCCAUAAGUGCAGCACAGCAGGCAGUUCAGGAGAAUUCCAUAGAAAAUGCACAGACACAGACAUUUUCAAAUGACCAAUCCAGCAGUAUAAGUGCAUUAGAGAGGAUGGGCACCAAGAGCUGUUCAAUUUGUUUUUCAUUCAACAACAUAACAUACAAGAACAUACUAAGGGACAUAACACAGUCGUUCAAGAGUGGGGAGAUGACGGCUAUUCUUGGACCAUCUGGCGCUGGGAAGACGACGUACUUAAAAAUAAUUUCUGGAAGGAAGCAAAAAAGUACGGGAGAAAUAAUAUUAAAUGGGCAGCCGAUCAAGCAGAAAGAGCUUAGGAAGAGGGUUGCUUAUGUACAUCAGGAAGACCAUUUAUAUCCUGUACUUACAGCAAAAGAGAUGCUUUGUUACACAAUUAGGCUGAAGGCCCCAGAGGAGCCCAAUCCUAGUGAGCUAGCAGACAAGUUAUUAGCUGAAGUGGGGAUGGCACAUGCAGCAGACACAAAGAUAGGAGAUCCAAUAGAGGGUGUGGCCGGUCUUUCAGGAGGAGAAAGAAAAAGACUUUCAGUAGCACAGGAGUUAGUGUCUAAGCCAGAUAUAAUCUUUUUAGACGAACCAACCAGUGGGUUGGACUCAUACACAUCAGAGGCAUUGAUUGUUCAUCUUAAAAAUCUUGCUAGAACAGGAAUACUCAUUGUAAUGACAAUUCACCAGCCAUCAUCAGAUAUUUUCCAUAUGUUUGACAAUGUGAUUAUGAUGAAGAAGGGGCAAAUUGCAUACUCUGGGUCACCCAGUGGAUGUGUACGGUCACUUGCUGCACUGGGCAUGCCCUGCCCCAAAUACACAAACCCCGCAGAUCAUCUUUUUAGAAUACUUUGUCAAUUACCUGAGAAGCAAGAAGAGCUGCAGGCACAGGGAACACCAGACUCACCAUACGCAGACACCAGCAAUUCACUGAAUCAGCUGAAUAACAAAUUCACUAUUAGUGCCUUUUUAUAUCAGAGUAAAGUACUUCUGUCUCGCACUAUUCUGUGCAGUUUACGAAACAAGAAGUACCUCUUUGCAAAAAUGGGGCAUGCUCUUUUUGUAUCUUUUAUAACAGGAAUGUUUAUGUAUAAUAUACCUAGCAAGAAGCCACACCAAAUAGAGACCAAUGUGAUAGGGUGUUAUAGAACCAUCACAAUGGCUACUUUUGGGUCAUUUUCAUAUGGUGCCAUCUCUAUUCUGUUCUCAGAUAGGAAAAUUCUUGUCAAGGAGUACGGCUCUAACUAUUAUACAUUCCUUCCGUAUUUUAUAUCAAAAAUAGUGGUGGACUUCGCCAUUACGUGCAUGCAUCCGUUUGUAGGCACUCCAAUUAUAUUUUAUCUGUCUGGGAUUGGGUCUGUUGCGCAUUUACUGGGAUGUUUAUUACUUGGAGCCGCAGGGCACUCGCUUGGAGUGCUUGUUGCAUCUUUAGUUGAUACGUCUGAGAUUGCUCUUGCUAUAUUCCCAGCAAUGUCGUACUUUAUAAAUAUGCUUACAGGAACAGAUAUAGACCCAGAAUCAAUUAUAGGUGUGCUGGCGUAUCUACAGUAUAUAUCCCCGCCUAGGCAUGCAUAUAAUAUUAUGAUAAAGCUGCACUACAGAGGAGUGGAGUCACUCACACCAAGGAUUCAAGGGUUAGUGGAUGGAUUUGUAUCUAUAUACGCAUCCAUGGCCGUUCUGUUUGUCAUGUAUGUUGUUUUGAUAACAGCAGCUGCGUACUGCUUAAAAAGAAAAGUGCUGAAGCUCACAGAUGGUUAG